AUGUCUAAGACGCUGCGGAGGAAGCGCCACUGGCUCAGCAAGGUGCAGGAGUGCUCCGUGUCCUGGGGGAGCGGCUCCGGCCCAGACCCCGACCUCCUGCGGGGCGGCGCCGAGCGGGGAGAAUUCCCUUACCUCGGGGGCCGCCUGCUGACAGCGGCCGACUCCGGUGGCGGAGCUGGUUCUGUUUUGCUUUCAGGGAAGCCCCCUGCCCCCGGGGAUGUACUGCUGGAGGUAAACGGGACCCCGGUGAGCGGCCUCACUCACCGCGACACCUUAGCCGUCAUCCGCCACUUCAGGGAGCCAGUGCGCCUCAAGACGGUGCGACCAGGCAAAGUCAUCAACAAAGAUUUACGUCACUACCUAAGCCUACAGUUUCAGAAAGGUUCAGUUGAUCACAAACUGCAACAGGUUAUCAGAGAUAAUCUUUACUUGAGAACUAUUCCAUGCACCACAAGAGCUCCCAGAGAUGGGGAAGUCCCUGGAGUGGAUUAUAAUUUUAUACCUGUUGAUCAAUUCAAGGCAUUGGAAGAAAGUGGAGCUUUGCUAGAAAGUGGAACAUAUGAUGGUAAUUUCUAUGGGACUCCUAAACCUCCAGCUGAGCCUAGUCCAUUCCAACCUGAUCCAGUGGACCAGGUGCUUUUUGAUAACGAUUUUGACCUGGAAUCUCAAAGAAAAAGAACAACAUCUGUCAGCAAAAUGCAGAAAAUGGACACUUCCCUUCCUGAAGAAGAAGAGGAAGAAGAAAAAGUAGCAAUUAAUGGUAAUGGAGGAACAGAAAUCAAAGAGCGACAUUUGGAGUCUUCUGAUUGGAUGAAACCUGUUCCUAGUUACAGUCAGACAAAUAGUUCUGUGGAUUUCAAAAAUUAUUUAUCGAGGGAAGAAAACUUAGAACCUCUGCCCAAGAACUGGGAGAUGGCCUACACAGAUACUGGAAUGAUCUAUUUCAUUGACCACAAUACGAAAACUACCACCUGGCUGGAUCCUCGUCUGUGUAAAAAGGCCAAAGCCCCUGAAGACUGUGAAGAUGGAGAGCUUCCUUAUGGCUGGGAGAAAAUAGAAGAUCCUCAGUAUGGAACAUACUAUGUUGAUCACAUCAACCAGAAAACUCAAUUUGAAAACCCAGUUUUGGAAGCAAAACGGAAAAAACAGCUAGGACAGACUGAUGGAGGCGUGUCAAAUCCAGAACAAGCAAAACCUUUCUUUACUCGAGAUCCAUCCCAGUUGAUAGGGACACUAAUACGAACAUCACUGAAGAAAAGUACUAUGGGAUUUGGAUUCACAAUAAUUGGUGGAGAUAGACCAGAUGAAUUUCUACAGGUGAAGAAUGUAUUAAAGGACGGACCUGCUGCACAUGAUGGCAAAAUUUCAUCAGGUGAUGUCAUUGUAGAUAUAAAUGGUACAUGUGUCCUUGGCCAUACCCAUGCUGAUGUUGUCCAGAUGUUUCAAUUAGUUCCCAUCAAUCAGUAUGUGAAUAUGACGUUGUGUCGUGGAUAUCCUCUGCCUGAUGAAAGUGAAGAUCCUGUUGUAGAUAUUGUUACAGCCACUCCUGUCUUAAAUGGCCAGCCAGUUACAAAAGGAGAUACCUGUAUACUCAGCCAGGAUUUAAUCCCAGGAACAGUGAUUUUGGAUCACAAUAGUAAAACUGGACAUAUAUUAGUCAAUGGACGCCUGAAUGGUCCUUCAGCAAUAGACUUUGGAGAAGAAAGGGCUACAGGGUCUUCUUCGGGAUGUUCUCAAACAGAAAUGGUCACAAUUCCUCUGAUCAAGGGACCUAAAGGUUUUGGAUUUGCAAUAGCUGAUAGCCCUGCAGGACAAAAGGUGAAGAUGAUUUUAGACAGCCAGUGGUGUCAUGGACUUCAGAAAGGGGAUGUAAUUAAAGAGAUUUAUCAUCAGAAUGUACAGAAUUUAACACACAUCCAGGUAGUAGAAGUACUGAAGCAGUUCCCAGUUGGAGCAGAGGUGCCACUGCUUAUCCUAAGAGGAGGACUUUCCUCACCUACAAAAACUCCCAGUAUUGAUAAUAAAAUAAAUAAAGAGGAAAAUUCAGGAAGCUUAGAGGCCAUUGGUGAGCCUGUUCCACAUCCAAUGCCUUUUCUACCUACUUCUGUGAAGUCAUCUUCUCCAAAGCUUGACCCUUCCGAGGUUUAUCUGAAAUCUAAAAUAUUAUUUGAAGAUAAACCUCCAAACACAAAGGAUUUAGAUGUUUUCCUUCGAAAGCAAGAAUCUGGGUUUGGUUUCCGAGUUCUUGGAGGAGAUGGUCCAGAUCAGUCAAUCUACAUUGGCGCAAUCAUCCCACUGGGAGCAGCAGAGAAAGAUGGUAGACUCCGUGCUGCUGAUGAGCUUGUAUGCAUUGAUGGAAUCCUAGUGAAAGGGAAAUCACAUAAGCAAGUUCUGGAUUUAAUGACAAGUGCUGCACGAAAUGGACAGGUGCUGCUGACUGUUCGCAGGAAAAUCUACUUUGCUGAUAAACAACCAGAAGAAGAAAUAACAUCUGAAGUUCCUUUCAUCUCCCAGAGUGGCUCCCCUAGACUUAACCGAGAAGAGAUAAUUAACAAACGGUUCCCAGAAGCUUAUGAUGUAGUACUGCAACGAAAGGAGAAUGAAGGAUUUGGUUUUGUGAUCCUUACCUCAAAGAAUAAACCACCACGUGGUGUGAUUCCUCAUAAGAUUGGACGUGUUAUUGAUGGCAGUCCAGCUGAUCAUUGUGGAAGACUGAAAGUAGGAGAUAGAAUUUCUGCAGUGAAUGGACAAUCAAUCAUCGACUUGUCACAUGAAAAUAUUGUGCAGCUGAUCAAAGAUGCAGGGAAUACUGUCAUACUCACUGUUAUUGCUGAAGAAGAGCAUCGUGGUCCCCCAUCAGGAGCAAACUCCGCCAGACAAAGUCCAAUUGUGCAGCAUCGAGUUCUUGGACCAGUUCCAGCUUCUUCUGUGUCUACUGACAGGGGUGCUACAGAAGCUGAUAGUGGAAAAGAACAAUGCAACAAUUACAAGCACUUCUCAUUAACUGAAGUUGUUGGGUCUUUUGGAGGGAGCACACAUUCUCAGAAUCCUGGAUGUUAUCCAGUAGAACUGGAGAGAGGUCCUCGAGGCUUUGGAUUUAGCCUUCGUGGAGGAAAAGAAUAUAACAUGGGGCUAUUUAUUCUUCGACUUGCUGAGGAAGGGUCUGCCAUUAAAGAUGGGAGAAUUCAUGUUGGUGACCAGAUUGUUGAAAUCAAUGGUGAACCAACACAAGGAAUUACCCAUACUCGAGCCAUUGAAUUGAUUCAGUCUGGAGGAAAUAAAGUUCUUCUCCUUUUGCGACCAGGGACUGGAUUAAUACCAGACCAUGGUUUGGCUCCUUCCAGCUUGUGUUCCUACGUGAAAACUGAGCAGCAUUAAAGCUUUCAGGGCUUUCUUUGGUCUUUCCUUAAACUUGGUAAAUCAGCAUGUAUUGUG